CAAUGCAUGCCAGUUAGAUUUGUGUCCAACUUGCUCCCGACUUCCUCUGACGUCAUGCACACGUGACCAAAGAUACUCUCACGAGAGCAAGGCGUCCGUCGAUUUUAGAGCCAGGAGCCGCAGGACCUCUCCAUCGACUGCGUGGCCCAGUGAUCCAAUAAAGAUGUCAAAAAUUGAACGUCUGAAUGCCCGAGUGGAAAAGCUGCUGUCUAAGGUUCUCCAUGAGGUUCUGGAGGUGGUGAAAGAGACUGUGUCAGAGUACCAGGAGAAAACCACGAGAACACAGAGAGAGAACCAGAGUCUGAAGAGGAGGCUGCAGGAGCUGCAGCAGAAGUUACAGCUGGAAAACAAUGCAGUUGUGGCACACACUUCCCCCGCAUCACCCCAGCAGGAUGACGCAGAGCAGCACCAGGUGGAGCAGACACAGAAAGAAGAGGACAUUGCAGUAAUCUGUCCCUCGUAUUCAUUUGAAGACCUGGACAGUGAAGCAACCAUCACAUCAGUGGCCACUUCCGGUCUCUCCCCUACGACAGCACCACAUUUAGUUGGCGAUGCCUUGAACGAUCCAACAGCCCUUAAAGCAGAGACUGAGAAGGGGCUGCCGAUAUCCAACCAUGUCGGCUCCAUUAGCGCGGGUUCAUUAUCUGGAGACGACCAUGAAAUGAAAGCAGAGCCCAUGUUGGACGAUGGAGCCACGCGCACCACUCUUUGUUUCUAUGACGACACUGGCGCCGCAUCCUCACACGGGCUGAACCGAGCACCUCCUCCGGCUCGUUCUGGACUCCACGACGAGUCCGGGCUCGUCUUCCGGCUGUCAGAGGAGCCGCUGUCCCAAAGACACAACAACACACACUGCGCUCAAACUAACGCGUCCGACUCACGCGCGUUCCCGAGAAACGUGAGAAAACACUACUGCUGCUCGCUCUGCGGUCGCACCUUCAGACACGCGGGCGACUACAAGAAGCACAACCGGGUGCACACCGGGGAGAAGCCGUACUGCUGCUCGGUGUGCGGGAAGCGCUUCAGCCAGUCGGGCUACCUGACGGUGCACCUGCGCUACCACACCGGGGAGAAGCCGUUUGGCUGCAGCCACUGCGGGAAAAGCUUUAGUCACUCGAGUAACAUGAAGAAACACCAGCAAACUCACCUGUGAGGCUGCUGCUCCCAGGCUUCCUCUAUUCAUAUUAUAGUGUUAUAUCAUGGACGGUGAAAGGGCUGCAUGUUUGUAAGACACAGAAAUAAAAGGUGCCAAUUGCUCUAUUCACAAAGUGCAAUGUCAAGUUAUCCAUUAUGGUUUACUGAGGGUUUUGCAAUCCUGUUUAUAAAGUGUUGUCCAUCUUAUGCAUUUUUCAUUUUAUGUUUGUAAUUUUGUAACAUUUUAAAUAUUAUAUAGGUGGAGGCUUCAAAUAAGCCCAGUUGGGUUUUUGUCUCUUGCUGCACUGCGAUAUUCAUUUAUCUCUGUUGUGAUUUUUAUUUUUAUUGUUUGAAUUGUGCAAAUACAAAAAAAGAAGUGUCAAGCACAGUCUACUAUAUUUCAGUUUUCUGCCAUUUGAGCCUGAUUGUCCAAUUUCCAAAUCAAAUAAACAUAUUUGUUAUACUU